AUGCUUUUGCUACUGAUUCAGAUGCUGUGGAUUUCAUGCCUUGGAAGAAGGGAGCAAACAGAAGAGCUACAGAAGAAAAGGGGAGAAAUAAUUCCAGACCUUUUGAGUCAAGAUUUGCUCAUGGAAGAUGUAGCAGAUAAUGAGGGUGCUCUGGAACUUGGUUUGUUUGGGGCAAACCCAAUGGCAGAGACGAUGAGCAAAAAGCAAAGGCCCAACGUUGUUCUCCCAUAUGUAGAUGCAACUCAAGAUGUUGGAAGCUGGACCCCCACACGUGAGUCUCCCCAUUCACAGGAUGCAAAAAUCCCAUCUUCUCAUCCACGCAGCAAAAGGGAAGCGGAAUCAACCUUCAGGAAAGAUGCCAAGAGGUUCUGGGACCUUUUUAUGUUGAAAACAAAGUCAAGGUCUGAAGAAGUUGUGCUUCCCAUCAAGACCAACGAAAUGUACGAGGAGACUUGCAGCACUCUGCCGUUUUCUCAGAGCAUUGUAUAUGAGAACUGUGAGACGGUGGUGGUGCAAAACAACCUGUGCUUUGGGAAAUGCAGUUCCUUCCAUGUUCCAGGUCCUGAAGAUCGCCUUUAUAGCUUCUGUUCUCACUGCUUGCCCACCAAGUUUUCCAUGAGACGUUUGCAGAUGAACUGUACCAGGGCUGCUCCUUUGUUCAAGGUAGUUAUGAUUGUAGAAGAAUGCAAGUGUGAGGUUCAGAAGAUUAAAGACCCUGAGAUAGGAUUUCUACACUCAGAUGUGCAUGCAAAUGUGUACGGACACAACUGA